AUGGUGAAGGAUAGUGUUAUUGAACCUUCAUCUAGUCCAUGGUCUUCGCCUGUGGUGCUCGUAAAGAAGAAGGACAGCAGCAUGCGGUUUUGUGUUGACUACCGCCGCCUGAACGACGUUACGAAGAAGGACAGCUAUCCCUUGCCAAGAAUUGAUGACACGCUGGACAUGCUUACAGGCGUAAAGUGGUUUAGUACGCUGGAUCUGAAAAGUGGCUACUGGCAGGUUGAAAUUGACCCUAAGGACAAGGAGAAAACUGCAUUCUCCACAGGAAAGGGCCUGUGGCAAUUUGAAGUCAUGCCGUUUGGAUUGUGCAAUGCUCCAGCAACGUUUGAAAGGUUGAUGGAGCUUGUACUUACCGGGCUAAUUGGAGAUGCCUGUCUCGUCUAUUUGGAUGACAUCAUCAUCGUAGGCCGUACGUUUGAGGAACACCUUCAAAACCUGGAACGCGUGCUCAUAAAGAUCCAGAGUGCCAACCUCAAGUUGAGUCCGAAGAAGUGCUCACUAUUCAAACGGCAAGUUAGUUUUUUGGGGUAUGUAGUGUCGGAAGAAGGUAUCCGCACGGAUCCAGAGAAAAUUGCUGCUGUCAAUAAGUGGCCGGUCCCAAAAGACAAGACACAGGUUAGAGCAUUUUUGGGUUUGUACUCUUAUUAUCGGCGAUUUGUGAAGAACUUUGCAGAUAUAGCCAAACCUCUGCACAAGCUAACCGAGGAGAAGCGACAAUUCUGCUGGGAUGAAAGUUUUGAUUUCGCAUUUCAGAAGUUCAAGGACCGUCUGUGCAUAACACUUAUUUUGGGGUACCCUGAUGUGGGCAAGGAAUUUAUAGUUGACACAGACGCAAGUAGUAUAGGACUUGGUGGUAUUUUGUCUUAA